AUGUUCAGAUCAAGCGUAGCAUCAAGGUUAAUACAAAAUACCACUAUCAAACCAUUGGUCAACAACAAUAGCAUUCGUUUCAUUUCAUCAUCACCAAGCUUGCUUAAACCAGCUUUAGCUGCAGAAACAACUGAAUAUCUACCAACUGGAGGAUCAACACAAUCGGCAUGGCCAAAAGGCUUUAGACAAGCCAAACCAAAGACUUGGGAAGAAGGUCACGAAUCAGCAUUAAGUAAAGCUACCAAAUACUUCUUUUUGAGUGAAAUAGCCCGUGGUAUGUAUGUCUGUUUGGAAAUGUACUUUAGAAGUCCAUACACGAUAUAUUACCCAUUUGAAAAAGGCCCAAUUAGUCCAAGAUUUAGAGGUGAACAUGCAUUAAGGAGGUAUCCAAGUGGUGAAGAGAGAUGUAUUGCUUGUAAAUUGUGUGAAGCGAUUUGUCCGGCACAAGCAAUUACUAUCGAAGCAGAAGAAAGAGCCGACGGAUCAAGAAGAACUUAUAAGUAUGAUAUUGAUAUGACCAAGUGUAUCUAUUGUGGUUACUGUCAAGAAAGUUGUCCAGUUGAUGCUAUUGUAGAAAGUCCAAAUGUCGAAUAUUCCACCGCUACAAGAGAAGAAUUAUUAUACAACAAAGAAAAGUUGUUGGAUAACGGUGACAAAUGGGAACAAGAGUUACAAUACUGUAUUGAUGCUGAUGCUCCGUACCGUUAA